AUGCCCCGUCGAAAGCGCACGAAGCGCGAUGUUGAAUCGCUGGUGGAGGUAGUGGCGGAGCAGAAGCCCUUUCCCCUACUCAUGCUCCCUGAACUGGUCUUUCACCUCAUUUUCUCUUACCUCAAACCUUCUGAGAUGAGCGGCAUCUCCCGUUCGUCGACAUCCUUUCGGUCUCUCCUCUUGCCGUACGUCUUUUACGCGGUCCGCUUCGAUGGCACGGCGGCGGACAUCUCCCGCAUGCUUGAGGCUUUCCUCUACCACAGAAGACAAAGAGUCAUGCAACCACUAUGGGAGUCGGUUCGAUGCUUUACCGUCUCUCCCAAUCCCGCAAGAGGCAAACCCCGGGGGGUCGAAGUCAUGAACAAACUCCCGAACCGCAUUCUUGAGGGCUUACGACGAACGGCCCGGGUGCGAACUGUAGUUUUGGACCUCGACAAUCUCGCCCAUGGCCUACAAGAACGGUUUAUCAUGUCUCUGAAAGCCUCGCCGGGGUGGCCCGAGGUGACCAACCUGAGCGUCACUACUACCGGCAGAUACGCGGAGAGCAUCGUCAACCACUGGCUCCCAGACAGCGUCAACUGCCGGGCUCCAUGGGACAGGAAUACCCUCGGCGCGUUGACUCGGCACAGCACCAUGCCAUUCAGAGCGAUGAGCAACGGUGCUGGGCAGAUGACUAGGAUGUACUUGGGCCACAACCUACUGGUUAUUCGGACAAGGGCUAACCUGCCCUGCCUCCUGACGCCGUGGGUCGGAGAAGAAGUGCGCAAGCAGUUGGAGUGGCUCGUCAUAGGGUAUUUUGAUGCGUGGCACAAGCCAUAUCUUAGCCAUUGCACCAUCAACACCGUUUCGGAUUCUGAACGGCUGGCUGGCGGUACUCAGUGCCUGAUCGAAAUCCUGGCGAUUAUGCCUCGUCUUCGCCGAUUCGCAUUCUGGGUUGAUCGGAGGGGGCUGGGACCCUGCCUCGUUCGUCAGGUCUGGACGAUAGACCCCAAACCGCUCACAAUGGCCGAGGUAGAUGAUUGGUACACUAAUCUGGUUCAAAAUAUUGCGAAAUCACUACCCAAGCUGGAGAAGCUUGCCAUAAUGGAUAACAAUGGUGUGGUGUACGUGGGCACUAGAGCCUUGGAAGGGCAUGACAUUACGGUUUCCCGCGAGAUGUUGGAGGCAGGCAGUCAGAAAUUCCCGCAGGGAAUUUAUGACUAG